AUGGAGUACACAUUCAGAGCAGUAACUCACAGCCCAGGGAUUAUAAUAUGGAGAGUUGAGAAAAUGGAGCUUGUUCAAAUCCCUGAGAAAUCCUAUGGAAACUUUUAUGAGGGCGACUGCUACGUACUUCUGUCUACUCAGAAGGUGAGCAGCUCUGUCUCUUAUGAUAUCCACUACUGGAUCGGCUCGCAGUCCUCUCAGGAUGAACAGGGUGCAGCUGCUGUUUACACCAUACAGCUUGAUGACUUUUUGGGCUCCACUCCGGUCCAGCACCGCGAGGUUCAGAACCACGAGUCUGACGCCUUUAGGGGCUACUUCAAACAAGGAGUGAUCUAUAAGAAAGGUGGAAUUGCAUCUGGCAUGAGGCACACUGAAACCAACACAUAUGACAUUAAGAGACUGCUUCAUGUCAAAGGGAAGAAAAGAGUGAUUGCAACUGAGGUGGAGAUGAGCUGGGACAGCUUCAACCUUGGAGAUGUGUUUUUGUUGGACAUUGGCAAGACCAUCGUUCAGUGGAACGGACCAAAGUGUAACAAACAGGAAAAGAUGAAAGGCAUGCUUUUCGCCAAAGACAUCCGAGACAGAGAGAGAGGAGGUCGGGGAGAGAUCCGAGUGAUUGAAGGUGACGAGGAGGGCAGCUCUCCUCAGAACAUGGAGAUCCUGAAUGGUGUUCUUGGAGAAAGAAGCAUUCAGCUAAAGGACGGACCUCCAGAUGAAACUGCCGACCAGGAGCAGAAGGCGAAACUUGCACUCUACCAUGUGACAGAUGCUGAUGGUCAGAUGAAGGUCACAGAAGUCGCUACCAGACCUCUUGUUCAAGAUCUCCUCAACCAUGAUGACUGCUACUUCCUGGACCAGGGAGGGACGAAGAUCUUUGUAUGGAAGGGGAAGAAAGCAAACAGAGCUGAGAGACAGGCUGCCAUGGCCAGAGCUUUGGAGUUCAUCAAAGCGAAAAACUACCCGUUCACUACAAAUGUGGAGACGGUGAAUGACGGCGCUGAGUCGGCUCUCUUCAAGCAGCUGUUCCAGAGGUGGACUGUAAAGGACCAGACUCAAGGUCUGGGCAAAGUGCAUACAAGAGGGAAAGUGGCUCACGUCAAACAGGAAAAGUUUGAUGCCUCUCUGAUGCACGUGAUGCCAGAGGUCGCUGCACAGGAGCGAAUGGUGGACGAUGGCUCCGGUCAAGUGGAGGUGUGGAGAAUUGAGGAUCUGGAGCUCGUCCCUGUGGACCCUCAGUGGUACGGAUACUUCUAUGGAGGAGACUGCUACCUGAUCCUCUACACUUACUUGGUUAACAACAAGCAGUGUUACCUGCUCUAUAUGUGGCAGGGGCGUCACGCGUCUCAGGAUGAAGUGGCAGCUUCAGCAUUUCAGGCUGUGGACCUGGAUCAGAAGUACGGUGGUGAGCCCGUUCAAGUGAGAAUAACGAUGGGCAAAGAACCAAGACACUUCAUGGCGAUGUUCAAGGGUAAAAUGGUCAUCUUCGAGGGGGGCACAUCUAGAAAAGGGUCCUCUGACCCAGAGCCACCGAUAAGGUUGUUCCAGGUCCGCGGUUCUGACCCAUCCAACACAAAAGCCAUUGAGGUUCCUGCGCUGGCCUCCUCUCUGAACUCCAACGAUGUGUUUUUGCUCAAGAGCCAAUCAGGAAUCUACCUGUGGUGUGGAAAGGGAUCGAGUGGAGAUGAGCGAGCCAUGGCGAAGGAGGUGAGCUCUGUGACUAGCAGGAACUCACAGCCCGGCUCUGAGGAAAUCGUGGCGGAGGGGCAGGAGCCCAUUGAAUUCUGGGAGUUGCUCGGAGGGAAAGCUCCCUAUGCCAGUGACAAGAGGUUACAGCAGACGGUUUCAGACCACCAGCCGCGUCUGUUUGAAUGCUCCAAUAAGACGGGCCGUUUCAUUGUGUCAGAGGUGACUCAGUUCACGCAGGACGACCUUAAUGAGGAUGAUGUCAUGUUGCUGGACACUUGGGACCAGGUGUUUCUCUGGAUCGGGAAAGAGGCCAAUGAGGUUGAGCGCAAAGAGGCCUUGGUCACCAGCAGAGAGUACCUGCGCACCCACCCGGGCUCCAGAGACCCAGACACCCCCAUUGUCCUGGUCAAGCAGGGAUUUGAGCCGCCCACCUUCACUGGGUGGUUCACAGCCUGGGACCCCUCGAAAUGGAGCGGAGGAAAGAGCUAUGAGGAUCUGAAGAAGGAGCUGGGAGACGAAGUUUCACCUGUUGAUGUUACAGCUGAGCAGAACUGUGCUGAAAGUGAGAAAAGCUUCCAGUUAUUUCCACCUGACGACUUGGUCAACAAACUCGCCAGUGAACUGCCUGAAGGUGUUGAUCCAACCAAGAAAGAGAAACACCUCUCUGACUCUGACUUCAACGACAUAUUCGGGAUCACCAAAGACGACUUUGCCACCAUGCCGCAGUGGAAACAGCUGAAGCUGAAGAAAGAAAAGGGGAUGUUUUGAUCAUUUUUUUCUGUAUUUUGAAUAAGCUAUUAACAUUAAAAUACUUUGUCAGCUCCCCCUCCCCUAUAAUCACUGACUUUAGCUCAACAUGAUUUUAGAAUAACUUUUAUUCAUUUGUUCACUGUUUUCUCUCAACUGUUAGUCUUGCAUAUUAAUUAUAUUUUGACCUGUGAUGAUGUUGUCCAAUUGAAAGUUUAAUUAAAGUGUUUGUGAUAAUUUUAUCUGAACAAAAAAUAUAUAUGGAUUAUUUAUUCUGCUGCAUGGUUUUUGCGGCAUGGCUUACUUCACAU